AUGAAACAAAUGACUUAUAAAAGUUGAAUAAUCCAACAAUCAUUAUUAAAGUCAAUCAGACUGAUAUCCUUAUUUGGUAUUUCUAUCUAUUUAGUCCUGAAGAAACUCCUUUAGAAAAUGGAAUAUUUAAAGUCUAAAAUCAAUUAAUAAACCUUGAUUAAAGUGUCUAUAACACCCAAUUAACUAAUCAAGUUCCCUACACUUCAUUUUUAAACAAAAAUAUUUCAUCUAAAUGUUCAUAUGGACACAUACUUUCAUAAAAAUGGAGACUUAGCUGA